CUUCCAAGAAACUGCAGUAACAGCUGACAGUACUGCUGAUGUGAAAUAAAAAAAUAAGAAUCUGUAAAAAGAUGUCAGUCAUUAUGGAUGCCAAACUUAUAUGCAUUGUGUCCUCUUUGAUUUGUAUGGCAAACUCAGAAUUAACUAAGGAACUCAAGAAACAAAUAGUGGAUGGCCUAGCCAAGGGAUCAGAUAUUGUUGAUGACCUUACCAAAUAUCACCAUGACCAAGUUUUCAAUACCAUUCAUAAGAUGUCCAACUUCUUAGGUCAUGUCAAUGGAUUUGUGUCCUCUCUGAAAAAUUAUGACCCGAAAUGGACAAGGAUGACUUAACUAGAAUGAAAAAUGUCUUUGUAAAUGCGAGUGAAAACCUGAAAGAAAUUACAAGAUCAAGAAAAAUAGAACCGUUUCUUAGACCUGUCUUCUAUGAAAUACGUAGUACAGAGUUCAGCUUUAAGCUAUUAAAUAAUUUUUUGGAUAAGAUUGAACGACUCUCUUGUAAAAAUAAGACAGACUGCUACACCAAAUUAAAAGAAACUAUGGAACUUUUUGAGUAUGAUUUUGAUAUCAAAGAACAUUUUAAUUCACUAAUGGAUAUAUUACUUGCAAAGAAAUUUUAUUCUAAAUCUUCACAAAGAAAGGAUGAAUCUGCCUGCAAAAUCAUUGAAAUAAUGAAUACAAUGAGGAAAGCCUUAGUUACUGCAUUUAAAGCUGAACAAAUUAUCAUGUUUUACAAGAAAAUCACAGUUGAAAAUUUUGAUUUCAUUCAAGAAAUAAAUCAAUGGAAUAAACUCAUGUAUGGCCUACGAGGUAAGACAUAUGACAUCAUUGGUCAAUGCUAUACCGUAGAAAAAUGUCAACGCCAAUGUGGUCGAGGUCAAUGUGUGAAAUGGCAGGAUAUAGAAAGACCCACAUGUGUAUGCCCACCAUACAAAGAAGGACAGCAAUGUCAGAUUAGUAAUCAAAUACAUUUAAUUGAAGAAAUACAAGAAAUUGUAUCUUUUUCUUCAAAGAUCCCGCAACUCCAAAAUACUGCAAAUCACAUAAAACAUUUUGCCCUAACACCAACCCAUUGCAUCCAUAAAACUUUUGAAAAUGUCAAUAAUGUUAUUCUCAAGAUGAUAAAACAAGAACCAAAAUCUGCUAUACACCAAGAAGAGCUAGGUAUUUAUUAUUCAACAUUUCUCAGAUUACAAUACUUUACUUACAAAAUGAAAAGUUACGUCAACUGCAAGAACUCAAAAUCCUUAAAUAAUACUGCUCUUUCUCAAAUCAGAAUGUAUGCUAGGAGAUUACCAGAGAUUCUGUUCAACAUACAUAAAUUCAUAACAGGCAAUGAAGAUUAUUCCCUAUUUAAUGAAGAACCAAUCAUGAUCAAAUUUAUUGUUAGAAAUUUCAACAGUGUUGAAGGAUGCAGCAAUAAUUACAAACAGUUAAUUGAUUCUUUCUGGCAGAGGGUUCAACUUUUACAACUGAGAGGAUACUUAAUGUGGUUGCAAGCAUCUAACUUACUAUCAACAUCAACAGAUCAUGUCUUAAUGCUAUACACUGAUAGAGUUCAAUCACAACUUACCACAAUGAACAAACUAACAUGUUCACCCGAGGUUAAGAACUCCCAAAAUAUCCACUGCGGUGGUGGAUAUUAUGUGACACCAAAGGUACAUCUAGCAACUGAUUGUAAGCCUGGUUAUUAUCUAGUUGGAAAGCCUGAGGUUCAGUGCUUGCAGUCACUGCCAAUAUGCACACCUUGUAACUGCUACAAGGCGGGAACAAUUUCAAUAAAAUGUAAAGAUUCCACUGGAAAAUGUGAUUGUAAACAAACAUAUUAUGGCACCAAAUGUAAAAGUCGUGAUUGUGUUUGGGGAAGCUGGACUGGAUGGUCAUCCUGCGACAAAUCUUGUAAUUAUGGAGGCUCACAGAUGAGAACACGAACCUUUGCUAUUAAUCCUCUUGGAGGUGGAAAAAAAUGCCAAGGAUUAGAAAAAGAAAAACGUCAAUGUUUUAAGGGUUGUUGCAGGAGCCAGUUUCACUGUUCUAAUAACAAGAAAUGCAUUCCAAGCUCUCAAAAGUGUAACUAUAUAAAUAACUGUGGUGAUAACCAAGAUGAAAACAGCUGCUCAGAACACUGCUUUAGUAAAUCUACUGGAUCCACUAUAGAUGGUGGAAAAGGAAAUACAGUAUAUCUUGAUAGGCAAAGAGUCAGCUGUGGUUCUCCACAGUAUGCUAUGAAACAGUUCCGUAUGAUCAGAACUAGCAACACCCAUAUCAGCUACCAAAUUACAUGUUGUAAAAUGUUGCAAAAAGUCUGCACUACUCAAACCCGUCAUAAUGGAUAUACAGCUGAAGGUAAAGGAAAUGUCCUUUAUCUAGACCGACAGUCUGUCAUUUGUCCUAAAAAUGGGUUUCUUAGUCACUUUCACCUGAAUCGAGUAGGAGGAGGAGGGGCUUACAGAUAUACAUAUACAUGCUGUCAGACUUAUUCAUCUUACCAAAUUAGGAUGUCAUGCUACCAUUCCAGUACAAGAGGAGACUCAGAUGGCAAAGGGAAUUUUCUAUACCUAGACAGACAAAAUGUGAAAUGUAGAAAUAGAUAUUUCAUCAGCAGUUUUCAACUCAGACGACCAACUACAUCCACAAUUAAUUAUAACUUUGCAUGCUGCCGUAUUCAACCAUGAUGAUUUGGAAAUAAAUAAACAGACCAUGUACUAAUAUGUAUUUUAAUACAAUAUCAAUCUUUUGACCUUUUAAUUUGUGAAAAAUAUUUGGAGACUUGCUUUAGAGAGACUAUUGGUUUGUGAAGAUAAAUGUAUGAUAAUUUUCCAUUUUAAGGUUAAUAAAAAUGUAUUUCGAA